AACUUUCAAAAUACUAAAUUAAAAAACUAAAGAUGCGACGACACAACCAUACAAACCGCCAUGGAAAUCGGAAUCCCAAAACCCUCACCGUUACACUUCACACUCCUAACUCUGAUCCUACUCAUAACCCCAUCACCCUCUUCUUCUUUCACCAUCCCAACACCCUCUUCAUUCCAAACUCUGUUUUCUCUAUCUCACUCUCUCCUCACGCGCGUUGCCAACUUACGCGCCGACCGUGGCGACAUUUUAGGGUCAGCCCGUGCCAGAACAUUAGCACAUAAAAUAGAGAAACAUAGUAGUGGGUUUAGAUUAUAUGGGCUGUUUUGGUCUGUUGGUUGGGAUUAUAUCAAGAAUUAUGCGUGGAGAGAUGUUGGGUUUGAGAUGUUCGGUGUUGUGUCUGAUAUUAAUGAGUUGAUGAAAGGUUUGACCGAGUUGAGUCGUUUGGAAUCGGGAGUUGACCGGGUUGAAUGGGUUCGUCGGAAUUAUGGGAGCUUGCUUAAGGUUUCUAUGUCCUUGUUUAAUCGCUUGCUUAAAGUCUUCACUCAUUCGGGUCCAUUGAAGGAUGCUGUUGAGAUGGUACGAACCGAAAUUGUCGAUGGUGGGCUGCUGGAGGACUGCCUUGAGUUGGGUAGCAGUGAUUUAAAAGGUGUGAUUCAGAUACUAAAAGAUGUUGCUCUGCAAUACACUUCUACUAAUGGCAAGAGCGAGUUAUGAGUAAGUAGACUGACUUCUCUGUAAAUUGAAAUCAUAGCUUUACAUGAUGACAGUAGAAUUUUGUCAUGCUUUAUCAUUUUUUUUUCCUUUUCUCUUUGCUAUGUGAAAUCAUCGCUGGUAAUCGCAUAAAAUUUGGUAUGACUAGUCAAAAGCCCAUAUCACAAAAUGUCACGAUAGUGGUGUUUGGAUAUGAUCAUCAUAGAUGACUAAUUAUCCUUCUUGUAUUCUAGUUACAUUUAACCACCCAAUGGUUCCUAUUGUGUACUUAACUGGCCCUAAGAAAUCAUUAAGAUAUAUCUUGUUGACCCAA